CCUGAGGGCGGCGGGCCCUGCCUGCGCUCCGUUAACACGCGUGAGCUCUCCGAGGUCGUCUUCAACAACCGUAGCCCCCGCUCCGUUCUCCCGAUCUGGGUGGAUUUCGAGGGGAGGCCGCGUUGCUACCCGGUCCUGCAGCCGCGCACCGGGCGGAUCAUGCACAGCUACCGGG